AUGGCGCCUGUUCCCGAUACUCCUCGAUCACGCGUUCGAAGCUCAGCACGACCCCCAAGGCGACACAUCUCCGACUCGGCCCCGCCCAGCAAGAGGCGCAAGUAUAUCCCCGGCGGACCAGGAGGCGGGGGCAGGUACAUUGAUGACGAGGGCAUAGAGAUACCCGUUGGAGGAACUGGCCCGGGCGGCUACGCGUAUAUAGGCCCUCGGGGUCGUGUGGGACGGCUCAACGCUGAAAGACAGGGUGUUGCGCUGCCCGCGCCCUCCCCCUCGACAUAUUCACGACCGCGACGUGAAAGGCCGCCUGCUGGACCGCGUUCCAGUUCGGCCGCUGCAGUCGCUGCCGCUGUGGCGCAAAAUGACGGAUACAAGCCGAGGGAGGAGCGGAGCUGGGACGAGUUUCACCCUGAGCUCGACAUCGACGCAGAAUGCCCCAUAUAUACCGCAGACCAGAUAGACGGCAUCAGCCCCCCAGACAGUGCACCCGGAACUCCCCAGAACGGCCCAUCGACUGGCCAGUAUGCCGUGGACAGCGGUAUAUCCGCCGUGCUGGACGGUCUUCGCGCGCAACAGGUUGACGAUGCCGAGCAAGAAGCAGAAGUCGUCAAUGGCAAUGGCGCAUUCUCGACGCCCAAACGACGUCCAGGCCGCCCGCCACGGAACAAGGACUCGAUGCUUGCUGGCCUUGGUUCUCCGCCCCGACCACGAAUCAACCCGCUUCCGACGAUGAACCCCCGAGAGAAGCUGAACCUCCCAAAGCCUUCUGUGCGCCAAGUCGAUCCGUUCAAAGCCCACGAGGAGAGCGAGGGCGUCAAAGUCAAUUAUGUGGACCGCACCAUGGCCAACGUCGGCUACCAAGAAAGUGAGAUCUUCGCAAGGGCCGAAAACAACAUGAUCCGCCUUCCCGAAGGCUCCAUCGAGGAAGACCUAGACUUGGCACUACAAACAGAGACUGACGGCCCUGCCACUGCAGUUGCUAUUGGCCGUGUAGAAUACGACAUGGACGAGCAGGACGACCGCUGGCUUGAAGCACUGAAUGUGCAGCGGAGGGAACGAGUCAGCUACCCCGAUCUAGUAGUGCGGCUGCUGUCAAUGGAGAGCCGGACUGGUCAAGGAGAAGAGCAGGAUACCAAAUGUGCCAUUUGCGAUGACGGUGAUUGCGAGAACACCAAUGCAAUAGUGUUCUGCGAUGGCUGUGAUCUUGCCGUUCAUCAGGAAUGCUACGGUGUACCAUUCAUACCCGAGGGUCAGUGGCUUUGCAGACGGUGCCAGUUAGUGGGCCGUGGCACACCUGCAAGCGAACUACCGGGUUGCAUCUUCUGUCCGAACGUAGACGGCGCCUUUAAGCAGACCACCGCCAUGAAGUGGGCGCAUCUGCUCUGCGCCAUGUGGAUUCCGGAAGUCUCCCUUGGCAACGCAACUUUCCAAGAGCCGGUACAAGACGUCGAGAAAGUCCCAAAGACACGAUGGAAACUCUCAUGUUACAUCUGCAAGCAGAAGAUGGGCGCAUGCAUUCAAUGCGGGCACAAAUCAUGUUUCGAGGCUUUCCACGUGACCUGCGCUCGAAGGGCUAAGCUUUGCUUGCGCAUGAAGUCCUCCCAAGCUUCAAAUCCUCUCGACUCCACUGUCCUCAAGGCAUAUUGCGACAGACAUUCGCCAUCUGAUUGGAAACGAGAAUUUGAUGUGGAGAGAGCAGUGGCAGACGCAAAAGCAUUCUAUCGACACACCAUGCGCCAUAUUCGAUGGCCCGAUAGCCAAGCGUAUGCCUUGUCGAUUGGCUCCACCCACGCAAUGCCUUCAAUUGAAGGCGUGGAUGACGACGAUAGUGCGGGUGGCAACAAGCGCAAGCGCGGACAGACCACAAAGUCGUGGAGAUUACCGUCCGGCGCCCCAGUUGUACCUCAAUCUGUGUACAAUAACGUCGAAACCACCCUUCAGCGAUUCAACAUGGCGAAGCGCAAGGAAUUUGUACAAGAAGCCUGCAAGUACUGGACCUUGAAAAGGGAGUCUCGUCGUGGCGCAGCUCUUCUGAAGCGUCUGCAGCUGCAAAUGGAGGCCUUCUCAUCCAUGGAGAUUACUCGUCGCAACUUCGCGGGCAUGGGUGCAGCUGGUCGCCCGAGGCUCAAGCGCCGUAUAGAGUUUGCAGAGCAUCUGGAAAAGGAUAUGGAACAGAUCCGAGUGAUGGCUGAGUUGGUUAAGCAACGAGAGGCAGAAAAACUUCAAGACGUGCUAAUCCUUAAGCGCAUCGUGGAUUGCAUCUACUUCCCGAUCCCUCGGCUUGUGGAACCCAUUCUCAACCGCGCAAUAAGUCUCGAUAGCAAAGGCGUUUUCACGGAUGGCUUCAGCGACCUUCAAGUCCGCCUGGAUGAGAAGUUUUAUACUUCUGUGCAAGCAUUUGAGGCAGACAUGGCGGUAGUGCUGAGCGAGGUAGGCUUUGCUCCAGUGUCUAGCAUUGGAGGAGAUGCCGAAAUCGAUCUGAACAGAGUCGCACACAGUACUCUCACAGCAGACCAAAAGGAGACGAAAAAGUUGGUAAAACGUAUCCUGAAAGGGGUCCAACCACUUCUCGAAGAGGCUCAGCGCCGAGAAGCUGACCUAGCUGGACGACCGUACGAGAAUUUGCCUGAUCUCGAAACACUUUUGAAUCAGAAACUGGAGCGCAGGGCCAGUGCACUUUCUGCCGAGAGCAUCCGCCAAACGACCGAAAUUGGACAGUCUUUGGCUGAAGGAAACAAUGAACACUUGAUCAAUGGCGACACAGAGAUGGUGGUCAACAAGGCGGACGAUAUACAGCUUGCUCCCACACCAGACGAUAAUGCGGCAGAUCCUCAUCGCACAGCGCAUGAUGAGGCAGCUGACGAAGCAGCCAUUGCUGCUCAGCUCGGUCAAGAUACCAUACACGCUUCCAACGAAGAGUCGCGGACAGAUACUAUGGAUGUCGACGACACACAGGGCAAUGUCCAACCACUCACUCCUCCUCGAUCCGAGAAAAACCUGCUCAACGUUCUAGGCAAUGGUGGCAUACCCUGGUACUUCGAAUACUUUGACAUAACAGGCACUACCAUCCACAAAGAGCGAUACACGGGACGGGAUGUACUGCGGGACAUGAGCGAAGAGCUCAGUGAACUAGACGACGAUAUCCUGGAUGGGCUUGCCGACUCUGACCCUGUUAGGCCAGCCGACGCAUCGGACUCAAACGUUGCUGAGGUCAAGAAGGUCGUUGCUAGAAAAAAGCAGAAGCGAGCAAGGAACUGGUAA